AAUCACAGGAAAGGAAACUACACCGGUGCGGGUUAAGAACGGUUCACUGACCCGACUCGUUUGAAUAACAGAGGCAAACCCAAAUUCCCAAAAGGGGAAGAAAGAAAAUCGAGGGGAGUAGCAGAAAGAAUCCCGGGGAUUGCUUUAUUCGGUGAUGAUACACGAUUCCUUACAAGCUUGUAAACGCAGAAGAUUCAUCGCUGUUUCUGCAAUGGACUCUGAAUCAGCUAAGGCACAGCUUGCAGCUGCAAGAGAGAAGUAUGGACGAGAAAUCAGAGUGUUUGAAACAUCUUUAGCUUCUGCAACCACUAGCAAUGUUUCUAAUAUCGAUGAAAAAGAGGACUUCUACGAGUUCACAACAGAGGACUAUUACCGGCUUUUGGGAACUAAAAAGGAAGAUAAACGUCUGAAGACGAAAAAGAUCAGGGAUUCAGAAGAGGCAGCUCGCAGGUCAAGGAUGACAAAGGCAAUGAUCAGAGUACGUUUUCCUGAUAACCAUACACUGGAGGUCUUAUUUCAUCCAUCUGAGACAAUUCAGAGCUUAUUCGAUUUUCUGAAUAAAGUGAUUGCUCAUCCAGAAUUAUCAUUUUAUCUAUAUACUACACCUCCAAAAAAGCAAGUAAAGGAUAUGUCUCAAGAUUUUUAUACUGCCGGAUUUGUACCCGGUGCAAUCGUGUACUUUGCAUACGAUGUCCCAAAAGGUGGUGAAGAAAAUGCUCCAUUUGUCGGCCCGUUUCUUCACGAUGAUGUCAUGUCUUUGCAAGGUCUGGAAUUCGUGGCUCAACAGGCGGGGCCCACACACGAGUCCGCACCAGAAGAGGCUACAGGUAGCCCUUCUGUAGUUGUUCCUGAGCAAAAGCCGAGCGACAAGAAGAAUAUUAAGCCCAAGUGGUUGAAAAUGUAAAACAACUCUCCAUAGACAAACUUGGGAUUAAGACUCUGUUUGUCUUCUCUGUAUGUGAUUUUUUCUUCUUUGGACAUAUUUUAGCUUUGUGGAAUGAUCCUUAAACAGAUGGUUACUGUGAAUAUCUUUUGUUGUUUAAUCCUAAUCCAUUUCGUAGACGAUCUUCUAGAAGCUGCUGGAUAAUCUACAAUCUGUUAUACAUGAAGGGGCCUUUUUUUUUU